CAAUCAAUAGUUCACACUUCAACUCGCCCACCAAGCACAACACACGGCCCAGGCAUCACACACACAGCACGCCCAAGCGCACGUCAUCCAAACAAUCGAAAGCCUCCGUCUCUCUGCGUCUCUUCAAACAGCACAAAAUGAUACUUGCUGCCAGAACCACCGGUACUCGACACCGGUCCUCUGUUGAUGCUGCCCACACGCCUGAAAGCAUCGAUGCCGCUCCUGAAGCCCCUCUUCGCUGUCGGGUCUUGGUCGUCGGACAGCACCGCGGGCACCGCUUCGCACGACAGACCGAUGUCUUGGCAGGAAGGCACUGCACUGCCGAACUGCCGGGUCUUCAGCCGGGCGUCGCACGACACCUGGCCACUCACAGGAUUGGCAGUGACGCCAAAGGUGCACGAGGCCGAGGGAUUGGACGAGAAGAGCUUGUCCAGCACGGCAGAGAAGCUGUCAGCCUCGCUGGUUGCAGCCACCUCCCUGAAGGCCUCGAAGGUGUAGCACUUCCACAUGAAGGGCAUGGCCAUGACGACACCGGACCGAAACUGCACCGGCUUCAUCGCGAUGCUGAACUUCCACCUCCCCCUGCCGCCCUGUUUGCUGAACUUGCGCCCGUCCACCACAGACACGGGGGCGAAGGACGGCAGCCGAUAGCUCAAGUCGCACUCCGCAUAGCUGUCUGGCUUCUUGACGAUGAUGUUCAGAUCGCCGGCCUUCUCGGACGACUCCGAACGAGAGGAGCCCCCUCCAGCAGACUGCCGUGGCGAGAGCGUUGCUGUACUGUUGGGUGCUGAAGAGCCCACAGAGGAGCCGAAGAUGCCUUGCCUCGUCGGGAAGGGCAGCUGCAGCGGCUGGGAGGCUGAUGGCGUUGAUUUCACCUGAGAGGCCGUCGUCGCAGCGGAUGCAUCUUUGAAGCUGCUGGGGAAGCGAAAACACAUGGGGCGUCGGCUGCUAGUGCUGAGCCACGACCAGAUCUUUGCACAUUCGGCGACCGAUAGGAUAAAGGACGUCACCAAUGCGUGCAGCAGGACCAUUGCAAGCCGCCAGCUGCGCCUGGGCAUCGUUCUUGUCCGCCUUGCUGCAGAUCCCUCAUCUUGUCCAUAAUGCAACCACAUCCUUGAACGCCUCUCUCAAUCGGUGCGUCCGCUCCCUUCCUCUGCGCCUCUUGACGUGCAGUUUGGGG